AUGGAAAACGAAAAAUUCACAUCUCGUAAAAAAGAAUUCAAAGCAUAUCCCUCUACUAGCACUACAUCAAAAUUUUUUCCUAUCAGUGUAUUGAUUUUCAUUAUUUCCAUAAUAAUCUAUAAAUUUUUAACUUUUGGUCCUUUUAUGCCACUACCAUGUCGAUUAUUAAGAAUAGGAUGUCUUGAUAUGAAAGUGCAAGGAUAUGUAGCACCAGAAUUUAUUGAUGCAAAAAAAGCAUUUAUAAAAAAUUUUGAAAAUGGUGGUGAAGUUGGAGCAAGUGUUGCAGCUUACUAUAAUGGCAAGCUAGUGGUGGAUUUACAAGGUGGAUAUGCUGAUCGUGAGGCAAAGCGUAAAUAUGAUGAGGAUACUUUGCAAUUAGUUUUUUCUUCCACUAAAGUUAUG